AUGAAAGAUGUAGGUAAAGGUGAAGUGAGAAAGGGGAAUGACUGCGAGCAACAAGGUAGGAAGGAACAGAUUGAAAGGGGUGAUUGUGGUAUUUUCAAACGACCCUUUGAAUUUUCACAGCUCAGGUACUCGAAGGCGUUCGAUUAUGACAUUUCUCCUAACAUCAACAGACAAGCAGCGGUCGAGCGUGCUGCCCUAGAAGAAUUUCUGGAGCGGGUUUCGAUGUUAAUUCGCCGUCUUCGUCUCAUCAUGCCACCUACUACACAGGUAAUUUGGAUAAAUAUGCCUUGGCCUGUGCCCUCGGACUCGCGGUCGAUUUUGAAUCGCGUUGACAAUAUUGAUACAAAGCAUCUCAACAGAAUGAUGAUCGUCGAUGCUAAUUAUCGGGCAUCGCAGUUAUUCCGUGCAGCUGGCUAUGAUGUGCUGGACAUUAGUUUCUAUAUGCGAAAUCAGGCUCUUUACGCAUAUCGAGUAAAGGAUGGUGUUCACUGGGAUUGCAUCGGGACGCGUAUUAUGACACAGCUGGUUAUUGGACAUCUAGCACGCUCUUGGAAUAUACCUCUACCUGACAGAAUCAGAGAGAAACUUACAAAGUUUAUGGACGAUGCGUGCUCGUUCGAUGUUGAGAAGAGCUGGGCAGCAUACACACUAAUGGGACUUGAUAUGUCUACGUAUUCUAAAUACACUUCUGAAAAUGUUUCUUUCCCGGAGGCAAUUCAGCGAAAAAUCAGAGCUGGGGUACUUCAACGCAUGAAGGAGGUCAAACCCGAGUUUUACGAGGCGUUGCGACGUGAUAUCAGUACAAUGCGAGUUUUCGCUCUGCUUGAAGAUCAUCCUGAGAUUGAGAAGCGUUUGGACUUGGAAGACAAUUGGGUGCUCCGGGAGAUGGCCGAAGCCUUUCCAAAUGUGGCGAAGUACAUUGGAGGUGUUGUACCACAGGAGGUUACGGUGAUGGUGGAUGAAGAAGCUGUGAAUAGGCUAGGCCCACGUAAACGCAAGCACUCGCCAGACCCUCAGUAA